AUGACCUCAAAAGUGCCGAAUCAACAAAAAUAUACUUCAUUAACUCAACAAGAUCUACAAGAUGACCUAACAUCAAUCAGUAAUACAUUAAUUCCAGAAUCUUCAACUUCCAAUAAUAAUAAUCAUAACAAUCACGACACAAACAAUACAGAAUUAUAUAAUCAAGAUAAUCCAGAAAAUGAAGAAUUUGAAUUAGAAACUUUAACAAAUUUAGAUUAUGAAAUAUCAAUUGAACCAGAUGAAUUAAAAGAUCAAGGUGGUUCAUCAAAUAUGAGAAUGGCAUUUAUGAAUAUGACAAAUUCAAUUUUAGGUGCUGGAAUAAUUGGUCAACCAUUAGCUUUUAAAAAUUCUGGAUUAGUUGGGGGGAUAAUAGUGAUGAUUUUAUUAACGUAUCUUAUAGAUUGGACACUUAUAUUAAUUGUUAAAAAUUCUAUAUUAGCUGGAUCUAAAUCUUAUCAAGAUACUGUUUAUAAAAGUUUUGGUCUAGGUGGGAAAAUUGUACUAUUAUUUUCAAUAUGUUCUUUUGCAUAUGGUGGAUGUAUGGCCUUUUGUGUUAUUAUUGGAGAUACUAUACCACAUGUAAUAAGAGUAUUUUUACCAACAAGUUUUAUAGAAAAUCAAAAUUGGAAUUGGCUUAUAUCUAGAAAUUUCAUUAUAACAAUUUUCACAACUUGUAUAUCAUAUCCAUUAAGUUUAAAUCGAGAUAUUUCAAAAUUAGCAAAAGCUUCAGCUUUCGCAUUAGUUGGUAUGUUUAUAAUUGUUUUAUUAACAGUUAUUAGAGCUCCUUUUGUUUCUAGCGAUAUGAGAGGUGAAAUAACUACUGUUAAUUAUAUAAUCAAUAAAAAUAUUUUUAAAGGAAUAUCAGUUAUUAGUUUUGCUUUAGUUUGUCAUCAUAAUACAAUGUUUAUUUAUCAAUCAAUAAGUAAUAAAAACUUAAAAAAAUUUCAAAAAUUAACUCAUUUAUCAUGUAUUAUAUCAAUGAUAUUUUGUAUGAUUAUGGGAAUAAAUGGAUUUUUAAAUUUUGGUUCACUAACAAAAGGAAAUAUUUUAAAUAAUUUUAAAAGUUCAGAUAAUUGGAUUAAUAUUGCACGUUUUUGUUUUGGAUUAAAUAUGUUAACUACUUUUCCACUUGAGAUAUUUGUUGUUCGUGAUGUUAUUAAAGAAAUAAUCUUUUCAAAAAAAGCAAGUGUACAAGGAUUAACAAGUUUUGAUUUUGAAUUAUCUUCAAAACAACACUACAUAAUAACUACAAUUUUAGUAUUUAGUUCAAUGAGUGUUUCAUUAUUUACUUGUAAUUUAGGUAUAAUUUUGGAACUUAUAGGUGCAACAUCAGCAAGUUUAAUGGCUUAUAUAUUACCUCCACUUUGUUAUAUGAAAUUAAAUUUUUUGGAAUUGGGUGGUGUUUGGUCAAAAUUGAAUAAAGAUGACAAAAAAAGAUUUGUGGUAGGUAAAUUUAUACCUUGUGCAUGUUGUGUUUUAUUUGGAUUUAUUGUUAUGUUUAUUAGUUCUGGUAUGACUAUUUAUGAUGCUGUUAAUAGUAAAGAUACGGGAGAUCAUUGUGUUAUUGAUUAG